AUGCCCCCCAAGGCUGCAAAGACAGGAACUAAGAAGCCCACGGGCACAAAGAGUGCCAAGGGCCCCAGGAACGCUCUUUUUGAGAGCGCCCCUCGCCACUUUGGGAUUGGCCAGGACAUCCAGCCGAAGCGCGACCUGACCCGCUUUGUGAAGUGGCCCGAGUACGUGCGCCUCCAGCGCCAGCGUGUCAUUCUCAACCAGCGUCUCAAGGUCCCUCCGGCGAUUGCCCAGUUUUCCAACACGCUUGACAAGAACACUGCGACUGCUCUGUUCAAGCUCAUGAACAAGUACCGCCCCGAGUCGAAGCAGGAGAAGAAGGCGCGCCUGGAUGCUGUUGCUAAGGAGAUUGCCGCCGGCAACAAGGUCGACCCUAAAACUGACGGUAAGAAGCCCCUCUUUGUCAAGUACGGUCUUAACCAUGCCGUUGCUCUCAUUGAGGCCAAGAAGGCCAACCUCGUUGUGAUUGCCGACGACGUUGACCCCAUUGAGUUGGUUGUCUUCUUGCCCGCUCUCUGCCGCAAGAUGGGUGUGCCGUACGUGAUUGUCAAGUCCACCUCGCGUCUCGGUGCUGUUGUGCACCUUAAGCGCACCGCUGUUGCGGUCAUCCAGGACGUGCGUUCUGAGGACGAGCGUGAACUCGCCAAUCUCGUGUCUGCUGCCAAGGCCAACUACCUGGACAAGUACGACGAGGCCCGUCGUCACUGGGGCGGUGGCGUCCGUGGUACCAAGUCUUUGGAGAAGCUCCGCAAGCGUGCAAAGGCUGCUGGCCAGAACCCGGCCAACGUCUCUCGGAUUGCAUAA